GUUUUCAAAGUAGUGGUAUUACUCGACCAUCACGGCCACACUGCUAGCGGCUUUGCAAUUUGUAAAUAGAAUAAAAUCAAAGAAUAUCUUUAAUAUUUAUUAUAGCAAUAAUAAUACUUCACAAUGUUACGCUUGCUGCAAAAGAGGACAAGUCUUAUAAAACAGCUGGUUCCAGGACCCCGACUACACCAAACCAUUGCGCAAACAGCGAUAAAGGAAAUUCCCGCGAUAAAACCCAUAAGUAUUUCAAAGAGCGAUAAGAUCGUAGGACGAUGGUUCCUCGGAGUGAGUGGCAUGGUUUUUGUUGCAGUUGGCCUGGGGGGUGUGACUAGAUUGACCGAGUCAGGCCUCUCCAUGGUUACGUGGAAACUGACGGGCGAGCGAAUGCCAAGGACGCAGGAAGAGUGGAUAGAAGAGUUCUCCAAAUACCAGCAAUAUCCCGAAUAUAAGCUGAAAAAUGUAAACAUGACGGUGGAAGAGUUCAAGUUCAUAUUCAUGAUGGAAUACAUGCACAGGAUGUGGGGCCGUGCCAUUGGCGGCUUGUUCCUUCUGCCAGCUGCCUACUUUUGGAAAAAGGGUUACUUCUGCGCCAAGACCAAGAAGACAGUUCUGUUGCUUGGCACGCUCAUUGGACUCCAGGGGCUGAUGGGGUGGUACAUGGUCAAAUCCGGGCUGGAGGACAGGUUCCAGGAUCCCAACGAUGUGCCACGAGUCUCACAGUAUCGGCUGGCCUCUCACUUGGCCGCUGCCUUCGUCCUUUACGCCUUUUCGCUGUCGAAGGCAAUGUCAAUGCUUAUUCCCACAAACACAUUCGUGAUCCAGGCCAAGAAUGCAUUUAAUAUUAAGGGCUUGUCACACAUGACGAAAGCCAUGGUCCUGCUGACUGCCAUUUCCGGCGCGUUUGUGGCUGGACUGGACGCCGGUCUAGUGUACAAUUCAUUCCCAAAGAUGGGCGACAAGUGGAUUCCCGACGAUAUGUGGCAGUUUAAGCCAGUGCAGAAGAACAUUACCGAGAACCCAACAACAGUGCAGUUCAAUCAUCGCAUACUGGGAAUCAGCACAGUGACCCUAACCACGGCUCUCUGGCUGGUCACCCGCCGAAUGCAGCUUCCGAAGCGCGCCAACUGGGCCAUCAACGCGGUGGUGGCCAUGGCCUGGACCCAAGCCACUCUUGGAGUGACCACGCUACUGACCUACGUUCCAGUGCCUCUGGCGACGGCCCAUCAGUCUGGAUCGCUGAUUCUAUUGAGCUUUGCCCUCUGGCUGUCACACGAAGUGCGAUUGUUAAAGUACCUGCCGAAGUAAACUGGCCAAUAAAGACAUAGCUGUUGACAAUGGA